GAUAGUUUAGCAAUCCAAAUCUCCAGGAAUUUUACUGUGGACCCACCAAGCAGGUUUCCGUCUGAGACUGCUCGGAAGACCUUUCCUGGUCCAUCUUAAGCCUAGUACUUGGGCUAUGCAUAUGAUGGUAUAGAGCGGGUCGCAUGGCUCAUCGCUAGGCGUAGCGAAAGCCUAGUUCAGCGGUGCAGCGCAGCGCACCUGCGCCCCGACACCUUGUCGCCUCUUAGCAGAACACUUAGACGCGAUGGGAUACCUCAAGGUUCUCAAGGACAAGAAGAAGGAGGAGAAGCAGGAGGAUACGCCUUCGGAGACCCCGUCUGGCGCGCUGACCGCGCAUCCCAGCAUCGGGCCUGAGGACUUCCUCCCGCCUGAGCCUGUGCCGCGCACCACGCGCUCGCGGGCUAAGGCAACAACCCCAGGAUCAGCAGCAGGAGAAGCAGGCUCUCCAAGGGCUAGGUCAGCGAAGGGCAGGGCGAAGCUCGAGAAGGAGCCCGACUCGGAAUCCGCCUCAGAGGAGCCGCUCCCCGCGCCCCCGCCGAAGGCCGCUAAGCCAGCGGCCAAGGCAGCCGUUAAGCAGACGCCUGUUUCCCCGCCCACGUCACCAGUGAAGGUGGCGAAGCCAAAGGCCGCGGUGGUCAAGGGGGCGAAGGCGCCAGCAGCGAAGGGUGCAGAGCAGACGGAGCCAGGGGCUGAGGAGGAGCCGGCGGCAGCACCACCAGCCAAGAAGGCCGCGAAGGCCGCCAAACCCGCCAAGACGGAUGCCGCUGCUCCCGCAGCUGCCACGCCUGUGGCUUCGCCUAAGAAAGCUAAACCCCCAGUCGCCAAGGCCGCCAAGCGGUCGAACCCGGUGGUGGAGGAGGCUGAGGAGGCAGCGGAAGCGUCAGACGUCCCGCCUGCGAAGAAAGCUGCCACAGCCAAAGCAAAGGCGGCGCCCAAGCCCAAGGCGGCAGCAGCUACGGCAGGAGGAGCAGCGACAGGAGCAGCGGCUGGAAAGCCUCAGGGUGCAGCCGCUACGGCCGCCAAGCCGCGGGACGCCGCUAAGGCUGCCGCAGCAGCCUCGGCGCCCGCCGCUUCCGUGGCCACGGGUGCAGGCACUUCUCAGCAGCUGGGGGCCGCGGCCCAGCCGGCGGUGCCCCUGGCGUCACAGUCUUCGGUGCUGUCGGAGGCAGACCUUCCCCGGGACCCACGCAAGCGCAACCGCCCUGAGCCUGCGGAGGGUUCGGCGGAGCAAGCGUCAGCAUCGGCCGCAGGCAAGGAUGCUGCGGCCGCUGCCACAGCUGCCAAGCCGGCAGCGUCGCAGGACGCGCAACCAGCUUCCAGCGGGGUCAAGGUGGCGGCGACAGGCGCCGUAAAGCCGGCGCCGAAGGACGGGGCCAAGGGCGCCGCAGCAGCGACAGUGGCACCCGCGGCAACCACGGCGGCGGCUGGCGCCUCUGGCAGCGUAGACGCGGGACGGCCUACUCCGUCGCACGGAGGGCGCGCGCCGCCGCCGCCCACCACAUCAUCCUCAUCUCAGCCAAGGGCAUCAGCGCAGUCGGGCCUCCAGACGGCGGCGGCGGCCUCGGGGCAAGCUGCAUCAGGACGCGACGACAGCAGCCGGUCGGCAUACGUGAUGGCGGGGCUGAAGGAGAGCACGUCGGCGCCGGCGGCAGGGGACACGGGCGCAGCGCCUGGCAAAGCGCAGGAUGCAGGCGGUCGGACUGGCAGCGGGCGGGGCGCCGGCAGCGAUGCCGCAGCCACGGCUGCGGCGGCGCCGGCGGCUGAGCCGGCAACGACAAACGCUGCGUCUGGGCAGAAAGUGGACGACAAGGGGCGGGGCGAUGGUAAGGUGACGGCGGCGGCAGCGGCUGCCGCAGCGGCAGGAAGCAGCCGCGGCAAGUCGCCGGACCGGAGCGGCAGGGAGGAGGGCGGCCGUGACCGGGCGCGGGAGGGCGCGAAGGAGAGCAGCCGCAGCGACAAGGACAAGGAUCGAGAGAAGGAGAAAGAAAAGGAGCGGCAGCGGGAGAAGGAACGGGAUCGCGAGCGGGAGCGGGAGCGAGAGAAGGAGCGUGAGCGGGAGCGGGAAAAGCAGAAGGAGCGGGAAAAGGAGAAGCAGCGGGAGAACGAGCGGGAAGAGAAGGAGGCAGCGGCGAAGCGCGAGGACGGCGAUCGCAGCCGGGGAGGCCGGGGAGGCAGCGGCCGGGAUCGGAGCCGCAGUCGCUCCCGUGAGGCAAAGCGGUCGCGCGCCGACGAUGACAAGAAGGCACCCGUUGCCGCUGACACGGACGCGGGUGCAGGGGCUGCUGCGGGGUUGGUACAGCAGGCAGGGCAGGCGGCGGCUGACGAUGGCGUCAAGCGCGAGCCCACCGCUGGUGAUUCCGGCGGCGGCGACGCAGCUGCCAGCGAUGCCAGGCCUCAGGAUUCCGCUGCGGCGCCAGCAGCCAACGGCGCGGCGGGGGCGCAGCCGGAGGCGGAGGCGCCGCAGCUGUCGCCCUCGCCGCGGCGCACCUAUUCCACCUCGGACUCGGAGCCGACGCGCUCGCGGUCACGCGGCUACAGCAGCGACGAGGACGGCGGCGCAGACGACGCCGCCACGGGUACGGGCGACGGCGGCGGCGAGUACGGCCACGAGCAUGACGACGUGCCGCUAGAGGACUACGACUACGGUGACCUCAUGGAUGCGGAGAUAAUUGAUGAGCACCUGGACGAGUCCCUGCGUGCACACGAGGACGAUGCAGCCGCUGCGGCUGGCGCUGCGGGUGCAGAUGCUGACGGCGGCAAUAAGGACGGCGGCGCGGAGGGCCCCGCGUCGAAAGACGGCAAGGGCGCGUCGGCCGCGGGCGGCGCUGGUGGCUCUGGUGCUGGCGGGCGUGUGCAGUAUGAAGACAUGGGGGCGCCGGGUGCCGACAUGCCGCGUGACAAGCAGGUGGAGCACGUGACGACGGGGCUGGUGGGGCAGGUCGGCGAGCCCACGCUGGCCAAGCUGCGCAAGAUGCUGCUGGAGAUGCGCCACCUGGACUUGUCGACGGUGCGGCCGUGGGCGCUCCGCUCGCUGCUUGCUAUCAAGGACGACGGGGCGCGGUGGCGUGCGUCACAGGCUCUCUUGUCGGUGGAGUGGACGACCGCCAAGAACCCGGGCGGCGUGCUGCACUCGCGCCUGCACCGGGCGGUGGAGAUAGAGCGCGUGCGGGCGCUCAGGGAGCUCAAAGCCGCCAAGGCCCAGGCGAAGCGCGCGCGCAGUGCCAGCCCCGGCGGCCCUGCGGCCAAGCGCGCCGACGGCAAGUCCGACCGCGCCGCCUCCGCGGACGGCCGACGCGGCCGCAGCCGCAGUCGUGAACGCAAGGAGCGGGACCGGGAGCGCGGCAAGGGGCGCGAGUCGGAGGACCGUAAGGACCGCGACAGGGCGCGCGAGCGCGACCGGGAGCGGGACCGGGAGCGGGAGCGGGACCGCAUGGCCACUGCGCGCCUCAUGCGUGAGCCGGAUCUCAAGAGCCGGCGCUGGGAUGAGGUGGUGCGCUCCACUACGCGGGGCGUGAUCGCCAAGCUGCCGCGGCCAUUCAUUGAAGACGCGCGGCGAGUGCUGUACAACACAGACGGCCUGGAAGCCUCCCAGAUUGACGCCAGCGCAUGGGACCCGCUGCUCAUGCUGCCCAACUGCGAGCAACGUCUGAACGCCCUCAAGGCACUGGAAACGGUGCGCUGGAAGGAGCGCUUCAACGUCAGCGCCACCGUCAAGGGCACCAUCCUGCGCGUUGCGGAGCAGGUGCAGCGAGACAUGGCGCUGCGCCGCCCGCCGGGGCCGCCCAGCGGGCCCCUGCCGCUGCCGCCGGGUAUGCCGCCAGGGCCGCCCGGCCGGCCAGGCAUGGGCGGGCCCGGCGGCCUGCCGCCACCGCCCGGCAUGCUGCCCGGGCCGCCGCCCAUGGGCGGGCCCGGCGGCAUGCCGCCGCACACCAACGCACGCUACGCCGGCCGCAUGGGGCCGCUGCCCAGCGCGCCGCCGCCGGGGCCACCGGGCCGCAUGGGCAUGAUGCCGCCAGGUCCGCCUGGCAUGAUGCCGCCUGGGCGCGGCUUCCCGCCGCCGCCGGACCCGCGCAUGGGGCCCAUGGUGUCGGCGCGCAUGCGCGACCCCCGCGAGCGGGACCCCCGCGAUCGGGACCGGGACCGGGAGCGGGACCGGCUGCUCGGCGGCCGCUCCAGUCGUGGCAGGAGCCGCGAGCGGGAGCGCGAGCGUGAGAGGGAGCGUGAGAGGGAGCGGGAGCGGGACCGGCGUGUUGGUGGCUCCUCUCGCAAGAGCCGUAGCCCUGCCAAAAAGCGCAGCAGCCAAAGCAAGAGCCGGAGCCGCACGCGCAGCCGCAGCCGGUCGCCUGUGAAGCGGAUUAGUGUCUCGCGGUCGCGUAGCCGUUCGCGCGGCAGCAGCCCCAGCCGUAGCCGCAGCAGGAGCCGCAGUGCCAGCCGGAGUGCCGGCGGCGGCGACGGUAGCGGCAGUGACGAGGCGCGCCGCGGUGUCAAGCGGUCUCGCAGCAACAGCCCGGACAAGGGCGACGACGGCGGCAACAAGCGGGCUGGCGGCGGCGGUGGCGGUGGCGGCGGUGGCGGCUCUCUGUCGUCAGAGUUCCGGAGCCGAAUGGAGAAGUACCUCAAGGGCCUGCCCAAAUUGGACCUGUCGGGCAUCAACAUGAAGGUGUUCGACUGCCUCAGCCGCCUGCCCGAUGACGGUCUGCGCAUGGACUGCCUGCGCCGCCUCAGCGGCGCACAGUGGGGCGCCGUCAGUGGCACGGUGGAGACGGAGAAGCGCCUUGUGUCGCUGCUAGAGCGCGGCUGCAGCGAUCUGGCGCGGGGCGGCGGCGGUGGUGGCGGAGGAGGCCGCAAGAGCGGGGGUGGUGGGGGUGGCAAGCGUGGGCGGUUCGGCGGCCGGCGCUAGGUGUGCUCAGCGGGCCGAAGCAGCGUGCGUUGGGAGUUGUGGGGACUGGUACCAGCUGUAUCGAGAGUGAGAUGGGCCCGGAAGCGUUUGCGUGUUUGUUUUGUUGUGGGUCGGACCAAACGACAUUGUUGGGCCUGUUCGGCCUGUGGAUAAUUACGUCUGACUUGGUGUACGCGCCUCCGGUUCUACCUUUGGUUGGCUUGGGGCGUUAGGGACAUACCGCAAGCCAGCUUCCGCGCUGUCGUCGAUUACGGAUACAUUGCAAGGAAUCGUAGAAUUGGCAGCGUGUCUAUCGGCAGGGCGCAUGCACAAGCGUGGACUUAUGAUUAGGUGUCGUGUGUCCACACUGGAAGAUACUGUACUGGCACGAGAGAGGCAUUGCUGGGCACGCCAGAAAGCAGAUCGGGUAUUCGGUGCGGCCGGACCUGUCAGUGAGUUGGAGUAAGAGCUGUGUUUUGCGUGGCAGGAUGUGUAGGUGUGUGCUGUGUAUGGCCUGUCUCCGCAGUCAUAUGUUUGUGCCUGAGUGGGCUGUCAACUCCCUGCAUGUUGUUUCAGCAAGCCCGGUGACGAUGCCGCACACGAAUGCAACACAGUCCAGGACAGCGCACACGAGGCCACGGAUCUGGCCGUUGCCAUCCCAGCAAGCAGGCACAGGUGCAAUGGGACAGGGUA